GGGCGGGGCUUCCAGGAGGCGGGGCCUCUGCGCGGGCGGCGCGCAUGCGCCCUGCUGUCGCUUCUGUCGCUGCGGUGAGCGGAGGGGACGCGAUGGCGGGGCCCGCGUGGAUCUCCAAGGUCUCUCGGCUGCUGGGGGCAUUCCACAACCCAAAACAGGUGACCCGAGGUUUUGCUGGUGGUGUUCAGACAGUGACUUUAAUUCCAGGAGAUGGCAUUGGCCCCGAGAUCUCAGCCGCAGUGAUGAAGAUUUUCGACGCGGCCAAAGCCCCGAUUCAGUGGGAGGAGCGGAAUGUCACUGCCAUCCAAGGACCAGGAGGAAAGUGGAUGAUCCCUCCGGAGGCCAAGGAGUCCAUGGAUAAGAACAAGAUGGGCUUGAAAGGCCCUCUGAAGACUCCAAUAGCAGCUGGUCACCCCUCCAUGAACCUGCUGCUCCGGAAGACAUUUGAUCUUUACGCCAACGUGCGGCCGUGCGUCUCCAUCGAAGGCUACAAGACCCCUUACACCGAUGUGAACAUUGUCACCAUCCGCGAGAACACCGAGGGAGAGUAUAGCGGGAUCGAGCAUGUGAUUGUGGAUGGAGUGGUGCAGAGCAUCAAACUUAUCACCGAGGAGGCAAGCAAACGCAUCGCCGAGUUCGCCUUUGAGUACGCCCGCAACAAUCACCGCAGCAAUGUCACGGCCGUGCACAAGGCCAACAUCAUGCGGAUGUCAGAUGGCCUUUUCCUGCAAAAAUGCAGGGAGGUGGCCGAGAACUGUAAAGACAUUAAGUUCAAUGAGAUGUACCUGGACACAGUGUGUCUGAACAUGGUACAAGACCCGUCCCAGUUUGACGUCCUGGUCAUGCCGAAUUUGUACGGAGAUAUCCUUAGCGACCUGUGUGCAGGCUUGAUCGGUGGUCUUGGCGUGACGCCAAGCGGCAACAUUGGAGCCAAUGGGGUUGCCAUCUUUGAGUCGGUUCACGGGACAGCCCCAGACAUUGCAGGCAAGGACAUGGCCAACCCCACGGCCCUGCUGCUGAGCGCCGUGAUGAUGCUGCGCCAUAUGGGGCUCUUUGACCAUGCCACGAGGAUUGAGGCUGCUUGCUUUGCCACAAUUAAGGAUGGAAAGAGCCUAACAAAAGACCUGGGCGGGAACGCCAAAUGCUCAGACUUCACGGAGGAGAUCUGCCGCCGAGUGAAGGACCUGGAUUAGCCCGCAGUGGUCGCAGGCCCUGGGCAUCGGGUCCGCCUCCCUGGCGACAGUGCAGCCCCAGUCCUUUUAACCUCCGGACAGGAGGUGAUGUCACUGGGCCUGCCCAGGGCCCUUCUCCAGGCGCUUGUCUUAUUUAUUCAACGUCCAUCUGGUGACCAUUUUUCGGGAAAAGCUCUUAGGAGGACUGCACCGUCUGCUGUCUGCUGUCGGUGACCAUUUUACACUCUGUCCGCACAGCUUCUCAGCCGUAUAUCCCAGGGUCCAGGAUGAACAAGAGCAAACAUCUCGCUUUUUUAUUAAAGAAAAACCCUGGUUUCCUUGACUUGUGAAAACCAGAAUGGAAAUAAAAGGGAAUAUUGGCUUAAUAGCACAACAUGAUAUUCUUUUUAAAAAAAAGGAAAAAAAAAAAAGCUAAGUGGGCCUGCUUGAGGCCUCCCGCUUGAGUUCCCGCCCCAGGCAGUUGGCUUGCUUCAGUGACACAGAGAAAUAGAUUUGAGCUUUGCGUGGAUGUCCAAGCAGGAAUUAAGAGCUGCAGGCC